AAGUCGGCGAGUCGGCGAGAGGAACGGACGUGGCAGAGGGGGAGGGAAAGAGGGUGGACGCGAUAGCCCCCAAGCUUCGGGACCGAGGGGCACACGUAUGUGCGUGACCCCACGUUUAUCUGUAUAUGCCCAUAUCGAAUACGUAUCUACCUACCGGAUCUAUGUAUGCGCAUCCCGUAUACGCACCCACGCCCGUAUAUAUAGACAUACCCCAGCUACGUCGAAACCCAACGUCGACUCUUGGCUUGGCAUAACCGUAUCCCGAUACGAACGCACGCAAAACAGCUACCUACCUACCUUCACGGCACCGCACUGCCUACCACAUCUCACCUCGCGCCGUCUCGACUCUAAUACCGCACAGCUGCGUCAGCGCGAGCGCGUCGUGACCGCAUCACGCCGCCGGCCAGCCCGGGACGCAACUCUGUUUCCGCACACCCCGGGUGCCUUGCCCGCACCCGCCUCUUCUCGAGCUCUCUUUGGCUUCUGCCUCUCUUUCUCGUCCCUCUUUUCCCUCUUUCGUUUCUUUCUGGCUAAUCCUCUCUCUUCCGUCGUAUAUGUGUAUACCUACAUAUACGCAGGUCCGUGCCAUCCCGGACCCCCCUUCCCAGCUCCCAACUCCGCACAUGUGUAUUAUGUGACAGAUAAAUCGAUCGACGCCGGGUACUAUAUUUGUAUACAUAUACAUCUAUUUAUGUCCGUGUCUGUGCCCGUGCCUGUGCAUUACCGAGACCCCCGUCCUAGCCAUUGCCGCCAUAGGUGCUAUCCAAAUAUCCCGUCCGUCGUUCGCGUCCGCUCCCCCCCCUGUCCGUCACCGUGCACCAAAAGUCUGGUUUCAUUACCUACCAUGAAUCCAGCCUCGGAUAACCUUCGUGUGCCUACACGGCCCGUUACGAGACCACAAGACCAAUACGAGCUCGCCGUAUUUCGUCUUUAUGGGACGCUAACUGCUUCAUCAAACACUCAUGGCGAACUGAUACUUCGAGACACGCCGAAUGAUAAACGCGUCUUCACGAAAAUACGGGGCCGAGAUGAAGGGUGCCUGGGGGGGAGGGGGAAGAGGAAUGUAAUGUAUUGACUAGGAAAACAACUCGACCGCAAAACUAGCUUUGCACGCGCACAACAAAAAAUAGCUGAACAGCUGCUCUCAAAGCC